AUUAUUUUCUUAUUAUAAUGGGUGCUAGGCAAACUAAAAUUGAGGGGACCUACUUGCCAGAAACGCCCACAGUUAUAGCUGGUAAAGUGUGUAUGCCUGUUGACAUGGAUGAGGCAAAUGACUGCGAGAAAAACGUAGAUGUGCAGGACCCGCGUUCGCCAAAUAUCUGCAGAACACCAAUCAGUAUUUUUUCAGCCACAUAUCAAUGCUCAGAAAGUGAACAUAUUGCCAAAGUGAACCAAACUGAAAGCGCAGUUGGACAGCUACGUAAACGUUUUUUCAAAGGAUUUUCUUAUAAUUUGAACGAUCCCCGUUCACCCGGCUAUCAAUUCAAUCGUACUUCUAUUUCUUUUGAUGAUUCACAAGACAAAAUCCUAAACUUGGAUGAUACUUUUGCUGAUUUAUUUGCGGAAACACAAGUUCAUACGUUUGUACAUACUGAUACAAAAUUUGAUCAAGAUUCAAAACUUAGUACGCCUGAGUCGGGGGAAAAUACUGAAUCUGAUGCAGCUUAUGAAGAACUGAAUGCCGUGAUUAAGGAUGUAAACGAAAGUCUAGAUUGCCUAAAAGAAAAUUCUAACUCCGAGGUAGAGGCUUCGUCCCUUCCAUCAGAAUUGACACUUUCGCCAAAGAUUUUACAAGACGAAAUUGAUCCACGCUCUCCUACAAUAGGAGUCGAUCGCACACCAAUAAUAUUUAACGAUGAUGAGGAUGAAACUCAUGAAAGCAUCUUGUUGGAAAGCAUUUUGGCCACUCUUUCGCUGGAUAUGAGUAAUAGCAGCUUUUGCUCACUAGGCACGCCUAAUCGGGAGGCAACUUCACCCCACCAAAAAAUCGAUUCAAGUAAAACUGAUCGCCAAGGUCAGCUUUUUAGGAAAAUUACACAUAAACGUAUGCGCCGAACACACGUCAAUGAGAAAAUCUCGCUAACACGUCGCACACCCAUAGAUGAAGAAAUGUCUCCGCAGCGUGUGUUUGAAGAUUGUGAAAAUGUUGUAGCGAACUCGAACGUAGAAAGAAAGUUGAAAAUGCAACAAAAAGAUUCGCACGGCAAUACGAAUAAAAGAACACCACUCAGUUGUAUUAAAAACAAAAGAAAUUUACACACAAAAUCAGAAGAGUAUUCAAUGAAAUCCCACAGAGCACGAUUGGAAAAUGCUAACGAUGACAAUUUUACCAUUGGAUAGAGAAAGCAAAGCGACAUGUAGAAAGGCAGCAGUUAAUUAUGUCUUGAAAUAUUUUAGCUAAUUACUUCUAUAAAGUAAGCUAUAGCAAUAAUUUUUUUACAUAUUUACGUAUAAAAAAUUUAUUUGUUUGUUCAUACCUGUUUCUCAGUACUAAAAAGUCUGAAUAUUUGCUUGAUAUUGCAUAUUUUUAAAUUUUUCUUCAUAUUUAAUAAACAAAAGCCAAUGGGUUGC